AUGCAUGUGGAUUUGCGGAGUGUGAAGUUGGCGGAUCCGCACACGUUGGUUACAGUGAUGCGUGCGUUUGUGUAUGCUAAGCCAAGUGCAGAUGAUCCAGGUAUGGUGCCAUCGAUCGGUUGGGGCUUGUGGGACUCGCCAUAUCCGACGUAUGCUCGAGGGGUGAUGUCUCGUGCGCAGCUCAAGGUGAGUGGGUCAUUGGCUAAUAAGUAUGAAGGCGUGCCCCCAGUGUGGUUGACAAUGAUGAAGAGUGAGGACUUUUGGGGGCAGUUUGUACCGUAUCAGAAUUCAUCGCACUUCUGUUGCACAGAUGAAGAUGUCGAAGCAGGAGACUGUGGGGCAAAAAGGCAGUUACGUUUGCCGCGAGAUAUCCGCAGCCGUGUUCUUUCUGCACCCGUUGCAUUGAGUGCCACGCGCCAAUUAGUUACGGAUGCGGCUUUCCCAUUGAGCCACACCGGCGUCUACUAUUUGCUGCUGGCCAACUGCAUGGACCGUGGCGAUAAGGUGCGAGAUGGCGACCAGCUUCGAGGCGACGUGUAUAUCGAGGGCACACACGGUUUUUUGUCCGGCGUGGACGUGCCCAAGUUGCAUCUUUACUUCUCUAUGACCAUGCUGUGGAGCGUGCUGGUAGUCUGGUGGAUGGUCGCCAUCCACUCGUACCAAGAACACCUACAUUUCAUCCACAACUUUCUCAGUCUGCUGUUAAGUGUAGUGCUCUUCGAACAACUUGUCUCCUACAUCACCUACUCAUGGGAAAACGACAGCUCCCAAGGCGCUGGCGUAAUUAUCAAAUUUGUGCAAGUCGCCGCAACCGGUAUCAAAAACACUUUCGUCGGCACACUCCUUCUCCUCCUCUGUCUCGGCGUCUACAGUGUGCUAACCAAACCCCUUGUACCCCAUCUCAAGAUCAAAGUCUGGCUUCUCGCCACAACCUUCUUCACCACCGACCUUCUUCGUAACACUCUUAACAAGUUCCAUACCGAACUCAAUCUCGGUGUUACCACACUCGUCCUCGCUUCAUUACCACUCACUAUUUGCGCCGCCGGCGGCGCCGUAUGGGGCUGGUCCAACUUGCACACAUCCCUCUACGAAACACGCAAGCAAAUGAACCUUGUCAAAGAAACCAUGCUAUCCAAACUACGCAGAAUACUCGUCGUAGGAGCCGGCUUCUUUAUCACCUGUCUCGCCGCACAAACCUGCGCCUAUCUGAACGAUCCUGAAAACGUCUGGAAAUACGAAUGGCUGUACACCGACGGGGCACCCGGCAUCCUAUUCUACUUCACCGUCGCCUGUAUCGCCAUCAUCAUCAGACCUAGUCUCAACAAAGAAGAGUUGUAA